AUGAUUGACCACAUGGUCUUUAAAAAAUUGUCACAUGAAAAUGCUGCAUAUUCAAAUGAGAUCACAAAUAAGACUGCAUUGAUUUAUGAAUAUUCGACAUUUUAUGCAACAUCACAUCAUCUUGGUUCAAAAGUGACUGUUGUUGAAAAUAUGUCAACAACACAUAAUGUUCAUAUGAAUAUAACCAAUGCCCAAAAUAUCAGUCUUUCUCGUCGUUCAUUGAGUACAAAUGAUUUUAUUCCACCACAUCAUCGUCAAUUGAUUUGUAUUAUUGAAUCGACAAAUCAAGAAGGCUGUAUUGCUAAUAUUUCUUGA